AUGGAGACGAUAACAAUACCUUCUCCAUCAGCAUUUCUCUCCUCCCCAGUCCUCAAGCCAGCACCAGAACCACCCCCACCACCCAAAAAAAGAAAGCAAUCGACUUCGAGACCAUCGACUUCUCAAUCUUCAAAGAAAGAAAAUGGUAUCAACAAACCCAAACAAUCGAAAAGUCGGAAUGGUUGUAUAACUUGCAAGGCAAAACGAUUAAAAUGCGAUGAGACAAAACCUUCAUGCCAGCAAUGUCAUAAAAGAAGCGUUACAUGUGGAGGAUAUAAAAAGGAUUUUAAAUGGAGGCCAUUCGAGGAGACUACUUUCACAAACAAGCCGGCAGUGCCGGCACCGAAAAAGAGAGCCCUGGAUAAACUAGUGGACGAAUCUACAGUUGCAAGUCCAGUAGCCUCGGAUGGAUCGACUGGUACACCUAAUGGAGAGGAUACGCAGAUGCAGGACUCGUUCUUCAAUGCCGCCGUACCUUCUCCAGCAACUUUUGAUGUUUCGACUUCACUUCCGGAGCUCCAUUCGGGAUUUUCUCCUAUGUUUGAUAUGAACACACCUACCUUUAGUCAAGAUGGUCCUCAACGACCUCGCAUCGAGGCAGAUUCGGUCACAAGCAGUCUAAGUAGUAUGUUUGAAGACACUGGCCUGGUCACACCAACAAGAUCAAAUUUUUCCGGACAGUCACCAAGAUUAUUAGAUCUAUUACAACCUGGAUCGGAGCUGAAUGCAAGGCCGCCAUCUGUCUCCAUGAGUUCAUCUAUUUCUAUGCCAUCCCCUAUGAUGGGUAUGACAAUGUCAAGUCCAAAUAUGGGCCAGUUUCAGAUGACGAAUGAUUCGUCUCUUGAGGAUGAUAUUGAGGAAAUCAUUCGAGAUCCUCCAUUAUCUGACGCUGAUAUGUGGCUAGCCAUGAGUCCCUUUCAACCUCUGUCAAGAUCUCCAACUGCAUCUCCCAUAAGCUUCAGUCCGAUGUAUCGACAACCAGAUGUGCCGGCCGGAAGCCCAGAAAUGCUGAUGCUUAGAUUUGACAAGCAAACAUGUGGCAUUCUGUCUGUAAAGGAUGGUCCAACUGAGAAUCCAUGGAGAACAUUAGUUUGGCCUCUAGCGCGAGAUUCCCCAGCAUUGUAUCAUGCUAUCGCAUCCAUGACCGCCUUUCAUACCUCGAAAGAAAAACCUGCUCUUCGUGUCGACGGCAUGGAACACAUGCGUCGUAGUAUUCGGUCUCUCGCUACAGGCAUAGAAAAAAUGCGCACUGAUACUGCACUCGCCACAACGCUAGUUCUUGCAUUUGCCGAGUCAUGGGAUCAGCAUAUCUCUACUGGAAUUGAGCAUCUCAGGGGCGCAAAAAUAUUGGUUAACCAAGCACUCAUCAAACACAAUAAAAGAAGCCUUGUGGGUGAUGAUCUGGCUAGGUUGAAGUUUCUUUGCAAUACUUGGGUUUAUAUGGAUGUUAUUGCAAGAUUGACAUCAAUUGAUGAUGAAGAUUCUACGGAUUUUGAAAACCUUCUUUCUCCGCUCAAUAACCUCUCUUCUUCGUUUUCUUCGUCUUCCGCCGACGUCACUACAAUGUCGGAAAUCGACCCACUGAUGGGCAGCGCGGCAACACUUUUUCCCCUGAUUGGUCGCGCUGCGAAUCUCUGUCGCAAAGUACAGAAAUCAAAGUCAAACUCCAUAGCCAUAGUAUCUCAAGCUAUGGAACUCAAGCAAGCAAUUGAACAAUGGCAACCUUCAACCUCAUUUUCGACCCCAGAAGAUCCAACCUCUGAAAUCCAGCACGCCCUCCAAACAGCUGAAGCCUAUCGUUAUGCAACUCUUCUUCACUUACAUCAAGCUGUCCCCGAAAUUCCAUCACUAACAUGCGCGGAACUGGCUAAGAAAGUCCUGGUUUUCUUAGCCACUGUACCACUCAGUAGUCGUCUCGUCAUUGUCCAAAUAUAUCCCCUUCUAGCAGCAGGCUGUGAAGCAAAAGACGACGAAGAUAGAAACUGGGUUGAAGAGAGAUGGGCAAGUAUGGGAAGAAGAAUGUGGAUUGGGAAUAUUGAUCGCUGCUGGGAAGUCAUGCAAGAAGUAUGGAGAAGAAGAGAUGAAGUUGCUAGACAAAAGGAACAAGAAUUGAUGAGGAAAAAUGGAGGCAGAGUGGGGAUGGGUGGAAUGCAUAGUGGCUUGAGCGACAGUAUGAGGAGGUUUGACGAGGAAAUGGGCAACGGGGUUGGGAAUGAGGAGGUAUCGUUUUCUGAUUUGUUGAAUUUGAAUGAGAUGGGGAAUAGGGGGCAGAGUAGGAGAGCUUCACCGGUGAGAAAUAGACAAAGACAUAGUAUUUCGGGACCGUCUCAAGGAGGAUUUCGAGAACUACAAGCUCAGAGACAGGCGGCAGGUCUUAUUACCGAGGAGAUGGAUCAGGAGUUGACGGUUAGAGGAAGAUUGCAUUGGGUUGGUGUUAUGAAGGACUGGGAAUGGGAGAUCCUACUUGGAUAA